ACUGAGACGACCAUCGACCGAUUGUACCAAGACAGAGAUCAACCAGCAGAGCUAAGCACAUGGCGUACAGGGAGUUGGAGCUGACCCUCCUGUCGGCGCGCGACCUCAAGAACGUGAACCUGAUCACGCGCAUGGACGUGUACGCCGUGGUGACCAUCUCCGGCGACCCGCUGACGCGGCAGUGCACGGCGCCGGACCCCUUCGGCGGGCGGAACCCGCGCUGGGACGCCACGCUCCGGUUCGCCGUCCCUCCCACCGCGGCGGCGGCGGCCGGCGCGUGCCUCCACGUGCUGCUCCGCGCCGAACGCGUCCUCGGCGACCGCGACGUCGGCGAGGUGAUCGUCCCGCUCGCCGACCUCCUGCAGGCCGCCGGCGCGCCGACGUCGUCGGAGUCGGGCCCCCAGCAGCCGCGGCUCGCGUCGUACCCGGUCCGCAAGGUGCACCGCUGGGAGCCCCGCGGCGUGCUCAACGUGUCCUACCGCCUCGGCCCCGUCGUCGCCCCGGUAGCAGCUGAGCUCCAGGAGAAGCCGCCGGUGGUCAUGGCCUACCCGGUGGCCGUGCCGUCGUCGCAGUCGCCACGUCCCGCGGCCGAUGCCUAUCCGCCGCCGCCGCCGCCUCCACGUCCGGCGGCCAUGCACGCCGCCAAGCACGAGGCGGCUCCGGCUCCGGCUCCACCGCAGCAGCAGCCGAGGAACGGGAAGAGAAAUGGGCUGGGUCGAGAGGGCCCCACUCAGGUUUGUGUGGGCCCCCAUACUCAGAUCAUCCUUGGUGCCCAGACCGGCCCGCUGCCGACAGGGACGAUGACGAUGUCCCCUGCUCGAUCCAACAACAGCCCACGGAAGCCAGAUGGAGCACGGCCCAAACAGGACCUGCACCGUGAUGAUGACGCCGGCGCCUAUGCCCCUACUCAGCCCAUCAUGAGCCCAAGGAAGGAGGAUUCAAGGUCCAAAAUGUUGUCACAGCACCAUGCACAAGCACGAGUAACAGCAGCAGUUCCUCCCUCAAAGGAGGAACCAUGGACAAGUCCACGUCCGCCCUCCCGUCAUCCGCCGGCUUCCACGUUUUCCUCCCGUAGCUCCUCGUCUUCCUCCUCAUCGCCCUACAGCUCAGGUUACCCAUUCGCUAUCUCUCCCUGCUCCUCGGCCCAUUCAUCCGCUCCCUCUCCUUAUUCCUCAACUCACCGCUCCACCCCUUCUCCCCGCUCUCCUAGCCAACCGGCAGCGAGAGACGGCCACGGUGACAGGGCAAUUAGCCCCACCACCAAUUCUCCAUAUUCUGCCUCCACUCCUCGAGCGACAUGAUAUACUUUUUUUUUAUUUCCCUUUGAUACAAGUACCGAUGGCUUUUGCAAACUUACUCAAAGUCUCAAACCAAAACAUCUUUUAAGCUCUGAUCUAUGAGUAUAGUAGUUCGCUUGUGAAUAGUGGAUGUGGGAACCUGUGUGUACUUGACAUGUAUCUAUGAGGUUUCAAAAAUAAACCUGUGUACGAAUAACAUUAAUUGUUGCCCCAUAAAGUUUGUAUGAAUGAGUUGCCCCAUAGAUGGUACCCAAUGUCUGUACUUAUGUGUCUGUCUAGAUUCAACGACACACAAGGAGACAAUAAUCAUGGAACUUCAGAAUCAGAAAGAAUAAAAAGAACAUCGCCAGA